CAACAAACCCCCAUUUCCAACCGGAAUUUGAAAUCCCGCGUCAUUUCUGAACUGGCCAAUCAGAAAUCGGGACAAUAGUCAGCCAUUGCUGUUUACCUGUGUCGCAUGGUAUCGGGGUGAUGUAAUUUACUUGGUCUGCCCGUGUCGGGGUGCUUAUUGGACGGUGCGAAGCAUGUUUUGAAAGUAAUUAAUCGGGAAGACGGAUUUCAAAUUAACAUAUCCUUUACACAAACGUGAAUGGCAAUGAUAAUAGUGUCACCACGAAACAAUCGGACAUUCCCGAUUUUUGCCUCUCGCUGACAGCAUCCAAAAUAUGCAAUAUUAAAGAUGUCAUGGGUGCAAAGGUUUUGUUCGCAAACUUCAUAGCAGGGCAGAUCACUCCUUUUCUGGUUGCAAUGCAGAUUGUUCCACCAGACUCUGGAAGCCCAUGUUUACAGACAAGCAAAAUCGCCUUUGUAGUCGUACCUAAAUGCAUGUGCUUUAAUUUAAAUGUUGAUAUAUAGACCAGUCAAUGUGUAUACGGUGUAAAAGGAUGCAACUUUAAGUAUUAUUUGAUAUGUAUGUGACUUGUUGGAGAGGAUUUUUUUUGCUGAAUAGAUGAUUUUAAUAAAAUACUUAUCUAUAUCUUUCAAAGUUUUUUUUAUAUAGUUUUGUUAAAGUUGAUGGUCAAACACACUUGAUGUAUGAUAAAUGUAUAAUGAUUAGAUUGAUAUUUUAUUUGAAAAGACAAAUAUUUAUUUUCAUGGUAAAAUGUCGUGAAUUUUAAGCGUUGAAAAAAGGUCGUCGCGUGCAAAAUUCCCCAUGGGGAUUUUCAAAAGUUGGCAUGUAUGGAUGUGAUGAAAAGGAAACACCUUGAAUUACUAAAGGAACUGCUGUCUCAAACGAAGCACCUUCAGUCAUUGGUUCAACAGGCACGGAGCGAUGCUUUACUUUUCCUGGAUUCCAAUGAAGUGUCUUCAGUCGUGGAAUAUCAAUCAAAGAAUAAAGAACUAAGCAAACUUCCCACCAGUGUUGAAGUGUCAGUGCCAAAGUUUAACCCGCCAAAGAUAGACUGUGCUCAGCUUGCUACAUUAUUUGGUGAAUUAGUCCAACAUGGCCACACAAUGAAGUCACUGGAACCUACAUCAUCUUUAGUCAAACAUUUCCUUGAUGAACCAAAGCUUAUCACAGCCAUAGACACUGGAUAUGAGAAACUCCAUAGUGUUUCCUGUCUCAGUGGAGAAGAAAUCUGGGUAGGUGGUUCAUCAAAGAUUAUUAAAUGUUUUAACAUGCAGAGUUCACUGCUGAAGACCAUUACCACAAAGUCAGGAAGUCCACCAAACGAUAUGACAAUGUCAAGUGAUGGGGAUCUAAUUUACUCCGACUGGAAAACAAAAACUGUGAAUAAAGAGAAUAAUGGACAAACGGAGGUAAUCAGACUAUAGGGCUGGACACCUGCCAAUCUCUGUGUCACCUCCUCUAGUGAUCUCAUGGUUACCAUGUACAGUGACGAUCACACACAAUCCAAACUUGUCCGUUACUCAGGCUCAACAGAGAAACAAACCAUUCAGUAUGAUGAUAACGGUAAACCUCUGUUUACGGGAAAUAAAACAACAAAAUACAUUUGUGAGAACAGGAACCUCGAUAUCUGUGUGGCUGACUGUGCAGCUCAGGCUGUGGUUGUGGUCAAUCUGGAUGGCAAACUUCGAUUUAGAUACACUGGUCAUCCCUCUACUAUCAAGACAAACCCAUUCAAACCAUACGGGGUAACAACAGACAGCCAGAGUCAGAUCCUGACAUCAGACUUCAGCAACCACUGUAUCCACAUCCUUGACCAGAAUGGACAGUUCCUCCGUUACAUAAAUAACUGUAAUCUGAAUCAGCCAGGUGGUUUAUGUGUAGACAACAAUGAUAACCUCUUUGUAGCUGAAUGUGAAGGUGGAAAAGUGAAGGCAAUCAGAUACUUAAAUUAGAGUCUUAUACUGAACAUGUCUGAACUGUGUUGACUAAUGACUGUAAUCAUAUUUCUGAGAAACUGAUACAAUAAAUAUUUUAAACAAUAAAACAAUGUUACUAAA